UACUUUUCUGCAGUUCUCUCUCUGUUCAUAACUUAUGUACAGACUUGUUCUGAUUAUUAACUUACUCUUAUUCUAUUAAGUAGUACCUUUGCGACUCGCGACACAUCCGGGUUCAGGGUAGAGUGUCCAGACCAAGGCUCCAGCUGCCUUUGAUCUAUAUAUUUAUAUCAGACGUGUAAUUAGAACGUGAUGCUGGACGCAUGAGCUCCUUAAUUAGUGAAGUGCUUACUGUAUUUGGGGGUAAAGUAUUAAACAAAGGCGGCCCGAUCUGGAGUUGCAAGAGUAACUUUUUUCAUCUCGGCAUGGACCAGUAGUGCACAGCAGCAUAACUGUCAUCAUCAUCGUUGGGUGAGGUAGAGCGAACACGUGCGCAGCAAUGCGAGAUCGAGUACAUGACAAGAUGCCGAAUUAUUCGUCUUCGUCGUCUUCGUCGUCAUCGUCGUCGGAUGAUGGGGGUAGCGCCAGUAGCAGCAGCACCGGGAGAUUCUCCUCGGCGGAGAGUUUCUGCUCGACUAGCACUAUCGUCCCACCUGAGCCCUGUCCGUUUGGUAAGCCAAAUUACAACUAUUUUUGGAUUGAAAAUAGAUCAAGGAGCAAUCCAAAGCUAUCGUACUAUUACAAUUAUAAAAGUCAUGCAGUUGUGUGGACCAGGCCUGUGUCAAAAAAUACUCCUCUUCCAUUUUACUCAUCGUGGGUAAGCAUGAUAAAUGCAAUACUUUCACAGAAUGAUGAGGAUGCUCCUGUAUCAGAUUUUGAAGAUGAGAUCCAAACAAAGAAGCGCUUGGCUAUAAAAAGACGUAACAAAAGAUUGGUGGCUGAGGAUCUUGAAGAUGACAUAGAAGUGCUUACUGUGAAAAAAGCAAUAAAAAGUAGAAGAAUGUUGGAAACUUUUUGGAAGUUGCACAGGUUUCCAGGCGAAACCUUGAAGGAUGUAAAAAAAAGAUUACUUGAAACUUCAGAAACUGCAGUGCCAAUAAAAAAAGAAGUAGCAGAUGAUGGAUAUGACACACAGAAUUCUUUUAAUGUGUCCAUCAAAAAAGAGCCAAACUUUGAAGAGAACAAUGAUACUUGUGCUACAGUUGAACUAAACGUACCGGACGAAUCCAACCAGCCUGAUGUGUGUGAGGUAAUUGCACAAGUUGAUGAGCCUGCAACAAAUGAAGAUUCCGAUUCUGAUACAGAAAAUGUCAGUCGUCUCAUCAAAGAAGAAUAUUUAAAUACUUAUGGAAGUACCGACGAUGAGAGCAAAGAUGAUAUUGAUGAAGACAAUGAAGAUGACGAAGAUGACACAGAGGAUCAGCAGAGUUUUGCAGGAAAAGAAAUUCUUGCUGAAGAUUUUCUCGAAGUAGUAAUUCAUGAAGAAGACGAAGAAAAAAAUGAUAAUUUUUAUACACCAGAUAAUUCAAUGGCAAAUGAUAACUUGGCUGAAGAUCAAGUUAACUGGACGUUUGAAAAAUCCAGUGAAAGUAUAAAUAAUUCUUCACUGACUAUGUCAGCUAUAAAUACUGUGUACAGAGUGCCAGAGAUGAAAAGAUUUGAAAAAGAAUAUUUACUAAAUUUACACAAAAAAAAGAAACUGAUGAAGAAAGCAGCUGAAAAGAAGGUUCCAAAGUUGCUAAUUAAGCUUUCGCCAGAGUGCCACAUACAAAAAGAUGCUGCCUUAGAUCCUGACCAGCCUGUUGUUUGUGACAUGUAUGGAACUCGUACGUUUAAUUACAACAGUUUACCUCGAGUUAAAAUUCCAAAAUGGCAGGCCUAUUCACGGUUAAGUGACAGCGACACAUCAUCCGAAGAAGAGCUUAGGGGUUUCGAAAAACAAGUACCUAACAGCCUAAAACUCAAUCCCUUCCGUACUGCCGAGGCAGAAGAAAAUUUUUCAGCUAAUGUUAAAGAGGCUGGAGCCUUGGAAUUAAGGAACUGGUUUCCUUCAAGCCGAAAAACAAAGAAAAGAAAACGACGAUCAAAGUCUGAUAGCUCUUGGUGUGAAUCGAAUAUUUCAGAGUAUUCUGAAAUCGACGAUGUCGACGUUACCCUUGUAAAAUUGAAGAAAGAGAAGAAUAAAUCGAGUUCAAAUAAGGAUACUUCAAAUUCGGAUGAAGAAGAGGAAAACGAGAAAAAUGAAGUCGAAGCUUUGAACGUUGUUGGAUCGAUCAAGCAAGAAAAAAUGGAUGACUGUGACGAAGAUGAAGGUACACAGGAAACGUGUAAAGUACCAGAUAAAGUGAAAGAGUCAACAGCAGUGUCUGAUAUGAUAAUAGUAAAAGUUGAGAGAAGGUCCUCGGAAUCAUUGGAGGUGGAAAAUCCAGCCAUUGAGCCACGUACAAUUUCAGAAGAGCUCGAAGUGGAAAACGUCUGCGAAGCAGACGAAGAAAAAGCAAGUUCAAGUUCGAGUUCGAGUUCGUGCUGCUCACGAUCGUCGUGCUCGUGCAGUAGCAGCAGCUCGUCGAGCUCCUCGAGCGACGAGGAGGAGACCAAUGCCAACGACAAUCAGCCACCGGCUCCCACUAAGGAAGAUACAUAGGCGCUUUCGGUGACGUAAGCCUCGUAAACGUUUUUUACCUCUCUUUCACCCUGGGAAUUUAAUCCUUUUAGACUUUUGAAAUAUCUAACAACAAUGCCAUUCAGUAGGCGUUAUUUAUUUGAAUAAUUACAAGUUUAAGAAUUUUUGCUCCACCAUGGUCAGAUAAAAUUUAGUAGUUAAUGUAAUAGCAAGCAAAUAUUAAUUCAACUUGUUAAGUAAUUUACACGGUCUUCAGUUUGUCGUUGAUACAUAAGAACUAAUAUGUAGCCGUAAAGUACAAUGUAAAGCAAAGCAAUUUUGUUUCGA